UUCUUUCCGUUUCGGCUGAAGAAUGUAGAAAGCGAAUCGAGCAACAACAACAACAGGAGUCACGCAGGUUCGGACGCAGAAACGGACUGUCCGAAUUGUUGCCGUUGCCGGACAACGGUGACGCGACGACGCCUCGGCGUCGACGCUCACCAUGAACGCACCCCUGCGCACGCUGGCCAUGAGCGCCAACAUCGCCAACUCGGUCAACGCUGAGGUGGGUCACCUGAUCCGCGUGCCGUCGGACGGGUCCCAGGUGGCGCGGGAGCAGCCGCCGGACCUGCGGCUGGGCGACGGCGUCGAGGUUCUGGCCGAGCUGCCGCCCAACAGCCCGUUCCUCUUUCUGGUUCUGGCGCGCUGGGACGACGUGGUGGGGCCGCAGGCGCUGUUCGUGUGGCUGCCCAAGCUGCGGGGCGCGGCGCCGCACGCCAGCCUCAGCCGCCGCGUGAUCUACGUCACAGGGCACGCCGUGACCUGCAUGAGCGACACCUUCGAGGUGGGCGCCUCCUCGCUCAGCGCCGUGCCGGACCUGGGCAUCGCCUUCGUCGCCAGGCAGUUCCGCGACGACGCCGGCGAGGCCUACGCCAUUGCUGCCGCCGCCGACCACGCCAAGCUCGAUUUCCUCCACUCCAGAUUCGCCCUGGUCCAGGACUGGCUGCAGCGUCUCGCAGACAAGAUGGGCCCGCAGAUCCACCAGUUUGAGGAUGACGUUGUUCUGGGCAGCGAUGUGACCCCUUACGUGCUCGACUUCAGUUACGCCGUGAGCACAAUGAGAGAAGACAGUAUUGAAUUUUCGCCCCACCAAGAAGACUGGUAUGGCAAGGACCUCUUCAAGUACCCUGCCAUCGCUCAAGCCCUGACCUCACACCUCCAAACCUUCGGCCAGUCCGUGGUCAUCGGGGACAACAGAGCUCUCGUCAACUCGUUGAUCUCAUUCCUGAGUCUCUUCUUAGACGACGAGCAAAGAAAGCGGUCCAGAUACGUGCCUUCUCAUGGUUACACCUGCUUUCACAUGGGGCUCUGUCUUCAAGGUUUGCUAAUUAGCGGCUACGGUUAUCGGCCCAUAUCGUCUGACGAGCUGAAUGCCAAUCCACUGCCAGUAACAACUAUAGAUUUUACUAGAUCCAUCGAAAACGGCGCAGUCAGACAAACCGAGCCGCUGCACAAAAGAAUGCUGGGGAAAUCUGCCAAUUUUGAACCAAGGUCGAUGCUGAAUCCAGUGCGGGAGAGCGUUCGGAUGGUGACCAACCUGAUCGAGGAGCUGCAGCUGCUGCCGUGCAGCCAGUGGCGAGGGCACAUCGCCAUCUUCAACAAAAGACUGGACAAGCUGGCCGAAAGCGCCGUGUGCCACGUGCGCCGCUCCACGGGGACAAACGUGAAGGAGGAGCUGCGCAAGAUGCUGUGCGUGGACGAGCGCGAACUGACGAUCGUGGCCGCGCGGGCCGAGCGGAUGCGACCUGGCGUGUUCGUUCACAUCUUUGGUGCCAAACUCAAUGCCAAUAACUAAUGCUAAAACUGCAACAGUUCUUGCCAAAUGCUGCAACCCGCGACUGCACAAUUUCGUCCGACCUAGCAGGUGUACUUGUACCUACAAAGACCGGUAAUCUGUAACUAUAUUGGAUUUGCCUGCAAGGUAAGAUGCGUAUUUUUUAAAUAAAUUACUGUAACAUUAGUUGAAAUCAAGUGUGAUGUAACAUUAUACCUCUCUUGUGAUUGUGAACAAAUAAAUCAGUUUGAACCAAG